AUGGCCCGCAGCGGACUGUCUGCGGGGUCAACGAUCCCUCCCUCGCCUCUGGUUGGGGGGCUUGGUGGUGCACUGUCGCGUGUUUUGCAGCAGUCAUAUCCUCUUGUUGAUGCGAUCGGUCUCGCCUGUAUUAUAGGAUGUUGGAUUCUGAUCCAAAUCUUUGUGACUCCGUUCCAUCGAAUGUUCACUCUUGACAAUCAAUCCAUUCAAUAUCCCUUUGCUGUGGUAGAGCGAGUCCCAGUGUUAUGGUCGGUUUUCUAUGCGGGAGUUAUACCAUUCCUGAUUCUCAUGGCGUGGGCCGCCAUUCUUCGUCCAAGCCCGCAUAAAGUACAAGUGACUAUACUUGGCUUCUUGACAGCGCUCAUGCUCACUUCGCUCAUAACGGACAUUAUCAAGAAUGCGGUUGGAAGGCCUCGACCAGAUCUGAUAUCGCGUUGCGUACCCAGGAAAGGAACACCAGAUAGCACGCUUGUACAAUGGACCGUCUGCACUCAAACCAAUGCGCAUAUUUUGCAGGAAGGAUGGCGAAGCUUCCCAAGCGGUCACAGCAGCUUUUCAUUUGGUGGAUUGGGAUAUCUGUCCUUGUUCUUCUCGGGUCAGAUGCACGUUUUUCGGCCAAGGACUGACCUGUGCCGCUGUCUUCUUGUCCUAAUACCCAUCAUUUGUGCCCUGCUAGUUGCAAUCUCCCGUCUGGAGGAUUACCGGCACGAUGUUUAUGACGUGACCAGUGGCUCAAUCCUAGGCUCCGUCAUCGCCCAUUUCAGCUAUCGGCGCUACUACCCGUCUUUGCGCUCUCCCAGGUGCGAUACACCAUACAGCAAGGACGAAUAUUCUCCUGAAGGUUUCUCUAAAGUCCCAGAUGACGAGGAGCAGCAGUUGUCAAGCAGGAGGCUUCGUUCGUGGGGUCGCGAUGAAUCUUAUCAGCUCGAUGAGUCCAUCCCAGCACAGGAUCGAUAG